AUGUUUAACAGAGUCGCCAGACGCGCAUUCUCCACCACAAGAGUCAAUCCUUACAAAGUGACCGUGCUCGGCGCCGGCGGCGGGAUCGGCCAGCCGCUCUCGCUGCUGCUCAAGCUGAACCACAAGGUCACGGAUCUCAGACUGUACGACCUGAGGGGCGCCAAGGGCGUUGCCGCGGACCUGUCGCACAUCCCGACCAACUCCGUUGUGCGUGGGUUUGCUCCCGAGGAGCCCGACGCGCUGCACAGCGCCCUCGAGGGCGCCGACGUGGUGCUAAUCCCCGCGGGCGUGCCCCGCAAGCCCGGCAUGACUAGGGACGAUCUGUUUGCCAUCAACGCCGGGAUCGUGCACGACCUGGCCUCCGCAGCCGCCGAGGAGGCUCCGAAGGCGGCGAUCCUCGUCAUCUCGAACCCGGUCAACUCCACCGUGCCUAUCGUGGCGCAGGUGUUCAAGGCCAAGGGCGUGUACGACGCGCGCAAGCUGUUUGGCGUCACGACGCUCGACUCGAUCCGCGCGUCCCGGUUUAUCUCCGAGGUCGCCGGGACCGACCCCACGCGCGAACACGUCAACGUGGUGGGCGGCCACUCCGGGAUCACCAUCAUCCCGCUGCUGUCGCAGACGCGCCACCACGAGCUGACGCGCGAGCAGCGCGAUGCACUCGUGCACCGCAUCCAGUUCGGCGGUGACGAGGUCGUCAAGGCCAAGAACGGUGCGGGGUCCGCUACGCUGUCGAUGGCGCAGGCGGGCGCCAAGUUCGCGAACGCGGUGCUGUGCGGUCUUGCCGGCGAGCGCGACGUGAUCGAGCCCGCCUACGUGGACUCGCCGCUGUACAAGUCUGAGGGCAUCGAGUUCUUUGCGUCGCCCGUGACACUGGGCCCUCAGGGUGUAGAGAAAGUGCACUCGAUCGGCGAGAUCUCGUCCGAGGAGGAGGAACUGCUGGCCAAGUGCAACGAGACCUUGAAGAAGAACAUCGCAAAGGGCGUGGCGUUCGCAGAGCAGAAGAAAUAG